AUUUCGACUAUCAUCGCCCUAUUUUGCCUACUUUUCAUUCAUGUGGUAAGGAUUGCUCCAUUUCCGUUCGACGGCCUCGCUCAGCAGAAUGAAGACUUCGCCUAUCGUGACAGUGAUCAGACUGGUAACGCAAUUGAAGAACGAAAUGCGUUACGUCGUAACAGAAGCAAGAAGAACUACUUUACUUUAUUCCACCAUCGAGUCACUCGCGAUCACGUUAUUCAUUCAUGUGUCCUCAAAGGCUCUCAAAAAGUGGAACCUUGUGGUGACGAUCAGGUGACGACAGUUACCUGUAGGAAGACAAGCUGGGGUUGCAACAGUGGACCCCUAGCUUCGCCAGAUUGCGUUAAAAUAAGAGAGUACUUUGAGGCGUGUGGAAAAAUAUUAGUCACGGGAUGCAAAUGCAAAUAA